UCUCUUUCUCUUUCGAUUGCGUCGCAUCCGCCGUACGGUCGCUCACUAGCAGUUCAGUGCGCGGUCCGCAAACAACUGACACGUUCGAGGCAGCCUCAGUUUCCAAGCAGACCACCGAUAACCGUCGAAAAUGUCUCUCGCCGAUCCCGUCGCCUUCCUCAAGGACUUCCUCGCCGGGGGCAUCUCCGCCGCCGUCUCCAAGACGUGCGUCGCGCCCAUCGAGCGUGUCAAGUUGCUGCUCCAAGUGCAGCACAUCUCGAAACAGAUCCCGGAGGACCAGCGUUACAAAGGCAUGGUCGACUGUUUCGUGCGCAUCCCCAAAGAACAGGGUGUAUUGGCCUACUGGCGUGGCAACACCGCCAACGUCAUCAGGUACUUCCCCACCCAGGCGUUGAACUUCGCCUUCAAGGACAAAUACAAGCAGGUGUUCUUGAGCGGCGUGGACAAGAAGACCCAAUUCUGGAGAUACUUCUUGGGUAAUUUGGCUUCGGGUGGUGCCGCCGGAGCCACCUCGCUCUGCUUCGUCUAUCCACUCGAUUUCGCCAGGACCAGGUUGGCCGCUGACGUGGGCAAAGCCGCUGGCGAACGCGAAUUUUCGGGCUUGGGCAAUUGCUUGGUUAAGAUCUUCAAAUCGGAUGGUCUGAACGGACUCUACAGAGGCUUCGGCGUAUCCGUGCAGGGUAUCAUCAUCUAUCGUGCGGCCUUCUUCGGCUUCUACGACACUGCGAAAGGCAUCUUGCCCGAUCCCAAGAACACGCCCAUCAUCAUCUCUUGGGCCAUCGCUCAGACUGUGACCACCAUCGCGGGUAUCAUCUCGUAUCCGUUCGACACGGUGCGUAGGCGUAUGAUGAUGCAGUCGGGUAGGGCCAAGAGCGAGGUCGUCUACAAGAGCACCGCUCACUGCUGGGCGACCAUCGCGAAGCAGGAGGGUACGGGCGCGUUCUUCAAGGGCGCCUUCUCCAACGUUCUCCGCGGUACCGGCGGGGCCAUCGUGCUAGUAUUAUACGACGAGAUCAAGAACCUCAUCGUUUAAGAGUAACCGCUAUUCCGUAUCGCGCAUUAAUUUUUGUAAAACACUCCAUCAGUCGAAACGGCUCCCGCACCUACGGGAACUUUCUAGGCCAAUUUCUAGGAGGCACGGGCCCUUCGAGCGACGCCCCCCCACCCCGACACACGGCACACUCCUCAAAAAUCAUUCCGAUUGGAGGGGGGCGUGGCUCGAAGCCACGGUGUAAAUAAGGUUAGGUGUACAAUGUAUUUAUUUGCAACAUACAAAUGCGAAGCAAAACAACACUACACGCGUUCACUUUUUAGAUUAUCAGAUUUGUUCAGUUAUUUAUGCGGAUCGAAAUCGGAGGCGUACUGUUCUGGAAACUACCGAGCGUAACAUCAACACCGUUACCCAAGUACUGUUAAAUGUUAAUGGUUUAUUAUCCUCACCGAAAUUUGGUGAUAGAAAUAAAUAAAACCUAUAAAUUA